AUGCCAGUAAGAGACACUAACGGCAACAAUAUGCCAAUUAUUGCAAUGAAUGAACACAGCAUUGCUCCCGUGCCCCUCACAAAGGAGAUGUUUUUUGAGGAGUACGGCAUGGGAAAGGCAAAUUUGAGCAAAGUGCCUCGCCCAGACUGUUUGCAAGGAACAGUGUUUCUCAAAGCUCCAGAAGCGUAUAUGGAAAGCAGAAGGUUGAGAGAAGUGACUAAAUACUCUGAGCUGGCACAGUGGGAAAACAAAAAUCGCUUUGACAGCCUUUUGCGAAAGAUGACUGGGCUGUUUGGAACAUGUGGGGCUUCUGUGAGUAUUGUAAACGCAAGAUACCAGAAUGUCAAGCAUCAGAUUGGCUUAAGGUACUCAAAAUGUGUCCGGCAGCUUUCAUUAGAUGCCCAUGCAAUAUUAUCCAGGGACUUUUUUGUUCUAUUAGAUGCCACGAAAGACUGGAGAACAGCAGGCAACCCAUUAGUAAAGGCAGCACCAUUUAUUAAGUAUUAUGCUGGAGUACCAUUACUGGCGCCUAAUGGACAAGCAAUUGGAGUUUUGGCAAUCUUCGACGCUUUUCCGAGAGAUGGGAUUGACAAAAGGACAAUUAUGGUUUUGCAAAAGAUUGCAGCAGAGAUUAUGGGAUAUAUGGAGAGCCAAGACGAGUCGAAGAAGGAAAAGAGCACAGGCCGGAAUUCCGAGUUGAAAUCUAACGCAGAUGGUGAUUCAAAGGAGACUUCAAGUUCAAAUUCGGACACAAACUCAGGUUCAAAAGCAAAUCAAAGCUCAAAUCAAAGCUCAAAUGCGAACUCAAGUUCAAAAUCUUCAGAAUGUAAAGUCCAAACUUUCCUCGAGCAGUUUGGUCGAGCAACUGCUUCCAGUACUAACAGUGCAAUCAUUUUUGAGCAAGAUGGUUCUGGGAACUCGUAUCUAAACAACACACAACUUAUUUUCAGCCGGUACUACAAGCCUUAUGAUGACAUAAUCGACAUGAGUGUGUGGAAGCAGCUACGUGUGUGUAAAAACAUGCGUGUGGCCUCAAACUUCCUCUCACGGCUGCUUGUGGACCGCUUAAACUUUAGCUGUGUGUACAUAGUGCAGAUUGAGGCAAGUAGACCUGCCAGAAUAGGUAGAGCCAGUGCACCAAAAGACCGUGAAAUGCUGUUAGAUCACUUCAGGCACAAAUCAGAGAUCGAAAACUGCGGGCGGGAGUCGUUCAGGUUCAAAAUUAUGGGUAUCCAGGGCCAAGUUCAAGGGAUUGACUCUGAAAAGUUGCAACCCUUCCACAUUGAGGUGCUGAAAACAGAACAUGGCGUCAUAUACCGCUCACCCGAGUCUAGAGUUACUUUUAGAUCUGGUCUCAGUAUGCCAUUCUUUAGGACUCCUGUCAAGAUUGUCACCAGAAGCAAAAAAUCGACCACCAGGUCCAGUUCGGUCGAUUUGUAUAUUAGACACGGUGGCUAUAUUGUUUCCUGCUUUAACACAAAUAGCAGGCCAAUCUCACAGGCUGAAAUCGGAUACAUAUACGGCUGUGCGUCGAUCAUACGGAGGUUUUAUCUCAUGAAGUAG